GUAAAAACAAUAAAUUGUUGCAGUAAAUUUCAAUAGACUUUUUUAGUGUUUAAAUUGUUCAUUCGCCUGAAACUUAAUUCUUGUGUUGAUUAUCUUUAUAAUUGAAAGAGAUUGUAAAACUGGUUAACAACCAACUUAUCAGACCAUCAAAUGUGUUCAGGUUGCUUAUGUUUUCCAAGGUAUUAACAUUUCUCAUUUUAUUUUGUUCAACGCACUUCAAUCUAUUGACCAUCGAGUUAAUCAUACUUUUUACCAACUUAAUUAGACAAUUUAGAUAUAUUGAUGAAUCCCAUUUGACGCUCUUUCAUGUUUCUUUUAUCAAAUUGUGAGGAAACUUAAGACAAUUUAGAUUAUUUCAAUCGAUUUACCUUUAGUUUGCAUGUUAAAUAUACAUUAGGCCGAAACACUUGGAUCCAAACCUUUACAGUAAUGAAUCACUAUCAUCACUUUCAUCAUCACAAUCUUCAUCAUAAUCAUCAUCAUUACCAGGCAAAUGAAUUGGAAAUGCGCUUGAAAGCGCGUCAAUUUGGUGGUACAAUAAAACGUGUACAAAUGCAAACAUCUAACAGCAAUAACAAUAGUGUUAACAACAGUAUGGAUAAGUAUGAAAAAAUAUCUAAAAUUGGUGAAGGCUCGUAUGGAUUGGUGUUUAAGUGCCGUAACCGUGAGAAUGGUCAGCUGGUUGCUGUUAAAAAAUACGUUGAGACCGAAGAUGAUCCACUAAUUAAGAAAAUUGCUCUUCGAGAAAUUAAAAUGCUCAAGCAACUCAAACAUCCUAACCUAAUCAAUUUGAUUGAGGUUUUUCGGCGCAAAAGAAAAUUACAUUUAGUAUUUGAAUAUUGUGAAUUAACUGUUCUUGAUAUCCUCGAAAAAUAUCCGAAAGGAGUUCCAGAAUAUUUAACUAAAAGGAUAAUCUGGCAGACAAUUAAUGCCGUCAACUUUUGUCAUCAACAUAACUGUAUUCAUCGUGAUGUGAAACCGGAGAAUAUUUUAUUAACUCGUGAUUUUAUCGUUAAAUUAUGUGACUUUGGAUUUGCCCGUACUUUAAGUCCUAAUGGUAACUACACUGAUUAUGUAGCAACUCGAUGGUAUCGAGCACCAGAGUUAUUGGUUGGUGAUACUCAAUAUGGUCCUGCUGUGGAUGUUUGGGCUAUUGGAUGUGUAACAGCUGAGCUGAUGAGAGGUGAAGCUCUUUGGCCUGGUAAAUCGGAUGUCGAUCAAUUAUAUUUGAUUCGGAAAACAUUGGGAGAUUUAAUACCUCGUCAUAUUCAAAUAUUUAGGUCCAAUGAUUUUUUCGCCGGUGUAACCAUACCUGAAACUGAAAUUACGGACCCAUUAUCAAAUAAAAUACCUCGUCAUAUUGAAGAUUCGGGAUUUGAUUUCUUAAAGAAAUGUCUUGAUAAAGAUCCACAGAAAAGGCCAACAUGUGAGACACUUCUGCGCCAUCAGUAUUUCAAUAAUGUCAAAAUUCCGGAGUUAGAAAAUGAAGAAGUUCAAUUCAAAUUCCGUCAACGUUCAAAGUAUGGCCAAUCGUUGCUUCCACACUUACCCAAUCAUGGAUCCCCUGAAAUAAGAGCAGUUCAAUUACAUUCCCGUACAAUAAAUCCUAGAGGCAGCAUUGGAAGCACAAAUGGUGCAUUAAACAAUCGACCCAAUAGAUUUGACCAUUUGCCCAAUAUUUGAAGAAAAGGCUGUUUUAAUCAGUUGAUCAUUGUAUAUCUUACACUCAUUUAUUAAUAGAUAUGAUUAUCAUCAUAGUCAUCGUCAUCAAUUGUUGUCUUAAAAACUAUUGAAGGUCAUUAAAUUGUUUUCGCAAUUGUCAUGUACUUAAGAUUAUUCAAAUUACAUUACGGAAAAAGACUAAAUAAGAUUUUGGUGAAAACACUAUCCAAGUAACUAGUCAAAAAUUAAUUUAAAUUAAAAUAGACCACUUUCAAGAAUCA